AUGAAGGGGAAUAAGAAGAAUUUCUAUAGGUACAUCAGUGAUAAAAGGAAGGCUACGGAAGAAGUGAGCCCUCUCUGGAAGGAAGAUGGAGAACUGGUCACAGGGGACACGGAGAAGGCUGAGGUGCUCAAUGACUUCUUUGCCUCAGUCUUUACUGUCAAGGGCUCUAGCCGCACUGCCCAAGUCACAGAAGGCAAAGCCAGGGACUGGGACAAGAAAGAUCCACCCACUGUACGCGAAGAUCAGGGUCGUCAUGUUAAGACCGGCCAGCUUGCUGCUAUUAAGGUUAUGGACGUCACCGGGGAUGAAGAGGAAGAGAUCAAACAAGAAAUUAACAUGCUGAAGAAGUAUUCUCACCACCGAAAUAUUGCUACAUAUUAUGGUGCUUUUAUUAAAAAGAACCCACCAGGAAUGGAUGAUCAGCUUUGGCUGGUGAUGGAGUUCUGCGGCGCAGGCUCCGUCACCGACCUCAUCAAGAACACGAAGGGGAACACCUUGAAGGAGGAGUGGAUCGCCUACAUCUGCAGAGAGAUUUUACGGGGCUUGAGUCAUCUACACCAGCACAAAGUAAUUCAUCGAGACAUCAAGGGACAGAAUGUGUUGCUGACGGAAAAUGCAGAAGUUAAACUAGUGGAUUUUGGUGUCAGCGCUCAGCUGGACAGAACGGUGGGCAGGAGGAACACCUUCAUUGGAACGCCUUACUGGAUGGCCCCCGAGGUCAUUGCCUGCGAUGAAAAUCCCGAUGCCACUUACGACUUCAAGAGCGACUUGUGGUCUUUGGGGAUAACAGCCAUCGAGAUGGCGGAAGGCGCUCCCCCUCUCUGUGACAUGCAUCCCAUGAGAGCCCUGUUCCUCAUCCCCCGCAACCCAGCCCCGAGGUUGAAAUCAAAGAAAUGGUCUAAAAAGUUUCAGUCCUUCAUUGAGAGCUGCCUAGUGAAGAACCACAGCCAGAGACCAACCACGGAGCAGCUGAUGAAGCACCCCUUCAUCCGAGACCAGCCCAAUGAAAGGCAGGUCCGCAUCCAGCUCAAGGACCACAUCGACAGGACUAAAAAGAAGCGAGGCGAGAAAGAUGAGACAGAGUAUGAGUACAGUGGAAGUGAGGAGGAGGAGGAGGAAAAUGACUCCGGAGAGCCCAGCUCUAUCCUAAACCUGCCCGGGGAGUCGACGCUGAGACGGGAUUUCUUGAGGCUGCAGCUGGCAAACAAGGAACGGUCGGAGGCGCUGCGCCGGCAGCAGCUGGAGCAGCAGCAGCGGGAGAACGAGGAGCACAAGCGGCAGUUGCUGGCUGAGAGGCAGAAGCGGAUCGAGGAGCAGAAGGAGCAGAGGCGAAGGCUGGAGGAG